GCAAGGCAGAACGGGGCCUGGGGAGCGGCCACGGUGCUCCUGGGACUUGGCUCAACACUGGCAGGCUGAUGCCAGCUUGAUCCAGAGCCAUGUCCAGGUACUUGAAGCACUUCACGGUGGUGGGCGAUGAUCCUGUGCAGUGGAGCAACGACUAUCAGAAAUGGGAGGAGGAGGAGGAGGCUGGGGAGAAUGGGGCAAAGCGGCAAGAUUUGGAGAUCAAGCUGGAGCCCACCAGGAGCCAUGUCUCUUUCCAGGAUGUGAUGAAAAAGCUCUUCAGCUCCCACAGGUUUCAGAUUGUGGUUGUCUGCUUGGUCAUCCUCGAUGCCUUGUUGGUCCUUGGGGAAUUGCUCAUGGACUUGAAAAUCAUCCAUCCAGACAAAUACAAUAUAACCCCAAAGGUUUUCCACUACCUCUCCCUCUCCAUUUUAACAAUCUUCCUGGUUGAGGUGGGGCUUAAAGUCUUCGUCUAUCGCCGGGAGUUCUUCCACCACAAGUUCGAGGUGCUGGAUGGGAUCGUCAUCGUUGUGUCGUUCAUCCUCGACAUCGUCCUCAUCUUCCAGGAGCAGGAGUUCGAAGCUGUUGGGCUGCUGAUCCUGCUGCGGCUGUGGCGAGUGGCCAGGAUCAUCAACGGAAUCAUUUUGUCGGUGAAGACCCGCUCCGAACAGCAAGUGUCCAAGCUAAAGCAGGCAAACCUGAAGCUUGCAGUGAAGGUGGAACAACUGGAAAACAGCUGCAUGGAGAAGGAGCAAGAAAUUGAGAGGCUUAACAAGAUAUUAAAACAGCAUGGACUCAGCAGCGAGCAAAAAUAGGUGGUCAGUUUCCUGAGGUGGGGAAUUCUGCCCUGGAGAGUGCAGUCUUGUAAUCUACCAGUCCGACCUGAAAGGUUUUGUUGUCUCUUUGCUUUCUGUUGUAUAAUGUUGUCUAUAAACGUUUACUAUUUGACCAGGUUUUGAUUUAUAUCUUAGGAUUACAAAAUAGUUUUGCUGAAAAAUUAAUCAGGCGUGCUCCCUGUAAACAGUGAUCUCAUAUGACCUUUAUUGUACAGACGUACAGUCAAAGCUGCAAAAUAAUUUAAUAAAGACCCAUCUUUACAAGCUGAACAGCCACAAAAGGGCCACUCAGUUUAAAUUUCUUUUUUUUUUUCCCUUGUGAUAAUGUCCUUCGUUUGCAGUAUCUUGUAGAAACCUGCAGUACAAACAGUGAGAAUCCAGGCUGAGCAGGUCGUUCCUUCUCUCAAUGCUGACCACUCAUCACUAGUACAUCUCUUCUUUGCCAACCAUUCUUCUCAUCCUGUUGGUAGUUUCCUCCUUUCUGUUGCUGCUUUGUGUCACUUUAUUAUUCAUAUAAUGUCUGUUUCAAAAAUACCAACACACCCCUCCUUUAGCUGACAAUCAAAUCAGCACCAAAAUAGAGGCAAACCUGUGCCACCUUACAUCAGAAAAUGCUUUGUUCUCCACAGCAGAUCUGAGCUCUGAUACUGAAUUCUCUCAUCUCCUCUUCCAGUUUAAGUGUUCAUUUGCAGCCCACUGGGCUAUGAAGUUUUUUUGUUUCCACAGCUCAUAAAUCAGCACAUUAAAAGAACUGGAAUAUCUAAGGACAGAUGUAGGUGAGUGGACUGCUGGGAACAGUUUGACUCCAGAAUAGCCAUUAAAGAACAUAUUCUAAAGGACCAGGCUGGUGUUUGGACAUAACCUUUCAGGUACUAGAAAGUCCCUGUGGAGAGGCUGUUUUACACUGAAUAGGGUUCAAUGAGUGGGACUUUGGAAAGGUGCUUGACUGUGGCAGGCAUCUCCAAUUGAUUUGAGCCAGAGGCAGCUGGAAGGGUCAUGGAGCUUUUCUGAAAGUACCACUUAACUGCUCGGAUCGUUAAAGAAAGGUAAUUAAUUAGUGGUUUGGGAAAAAUAGAUAGAAAUAUGGGGCUUAUUCAUCUAUGAAAACAGAUAAAGCAGAGGCCUUAUGUAAUAGCAGG